ACCUCUGUUACGUCGGCAAACACGUUUGUUACGUCGUUUUAGCCUCAGCAGCGCCGCACUGCACUCGCUGCUUUUAUUAACGGUUUGCGUUUGUUACUCGUGCUUGCACUUUUUUUCCUGGGGAACAAAAUGGCGUUGCUGACUCCUCUGUUCGCGUUCCUGUAUCAUUUACCGCAGGUUUAUAAAUGGCUGUUGAGGCCGUAUUACGUUGCGUCGUUCUUUAUGUCGCUAGCUUUCCUGAUGGUCCGCAAGACUCCGGGCAUCUGCGAACAUCUUUCAACGCAGAGGGAGGACGGGAACCCCUGCGACUUCGACUGGAGAGAGGUGGAAAUACUGAUGUUUCUCAGUGCUAUAGUCAUGAUGAAAAACAGAAGAGCAAUAACGGUUGAACAGCAUGUAGGAAACAUCAUUCUUUUCUGUAAAGUGGCCAAUGUGAUCCUGUUCUUCAGACUCGAUAUCCGCAUGGGACUGCUCUACCUGACCCUGUGCAUUGUGUUUCUCAUGACCUGCAAGCCUCCACUGUACAUGGGCCCAGAAUACAUUAAGUACUUCAGUGAUAAGACCAUAGAUGAGGAAUUGGAACGAGACAACCGUGUGACCUGGAUUGUGGAGUUCUUCGCUAACUGGUCUUCUGAGUGUCAGUCGUUCGCAUCUGUCUAUGCUGAUCUGUCAUUAAAGUACAACUGUGCAGGGCUGAAGUUUGGAAAAGUGGAUGUGGGCCGCUACGGUGAAGUGUCUAAGAAGUACAAGGUGAGCACAUCUCCUCUUUCCAAGCAGCUGCCAUCUCUGGUGCUGUUCCAGGGAGGGAAAGAAGUUAUGAGACGCCCCCAAGUGGACAAAAAAGGACGAGCAGUGUCUUGGAGCUUUACCGAGGAGAACAUCAUCAGAGAGUUCAAUUUGAACGAGCUGUAUCAAAAAUCGAAGAAACUGAAUAAGACAAAAGGAGAGCGGAAUGAGAAGCCCAGCGAGUCGCAGUUCCCCACUGUGCCUGAGGAGGAGGAACCCGAAACAGACGUCGCAGAGAUUGAGAGCAAGAAGGAUAAAUAAAAUGAGUAGAUAACAUUGGGACAUCAUCGUGGAACAGGAUGGGUUUACGCAAACGCUCAGAGUGACAUGCAGUGCCCAGAGUUGUGUGAGGGAAAAAAAAAAAAAAACUAUUGAAUUUUUUUUUUUUCCUCGGUACCACCUAUCAUUAAAAACUAAUACCUAAAUGAAUGGAAUUGAAAAGCACAGAGUAAUGCUGUUUAAAAACCCAUAGCUGCCCACAGCCAUUAUUAAGGAGAUCAGUGAGACAUUGUGCCUGUUGGUGGUAUUCUUGCUUUUUUUUUUUUUUUUUUUUUAAGACAAAUACCAUUUUCAUGCCUCCUACCUCUAAUGAGUUAAUGAUCACUCUUGAUUAAUUUAUAUAUUUUGUAGAUAGUGGCUUUUAAAUGAUUACUGACUACUGAUUGAAUUCUAAUCUUUAUUCCAUUUUUGAUAACUCAUUCCUACUUUUUUCCUUAGAUAUUUAGUUUUGAUCCUGUUUGCCACUCAUUUGGUAUCAAAACGGUGAAGUUUUAUUCCUUUUUUUUAUAUAAAUUAUAGACACUGAAGGAGUGCUGUCAGUGUUGGUACAUCAGCUCUGUAUUAAGAAAGACCGAAGCAUCAAAUGCUAUGUGAUAUUUUUAAAGCCUUGAUGUUUGAGCAGAGAUGUCUUUCAUUCUAGCAUCCAUUUGCUGAAGCUGCAUGGCCCUAAAUAUUUUUUGUUAUUAUCCUGAUAAUUCCAGCUCUGUUUUCCAUCUCGUGGAAAAAAUGAAAGCGUGUGGGAUGUUUUGGCUUUUUUACCAAAAAUAAAAAUCACUGCAUUCUGAUUUCCAUCAGGUCAUCCUUCAGUUAGUGCAGACUUGCCUACCCACGCUUUAUGUGGGAUGUAACAAGUUAGGUUGCCUACUGAAAGAAGUGUCGUCUGCAUGCACACCAGUGACCAAUUGAUUCUAACGUUAUUCCAAACCAUGAUUACUGUUUAGUGAUUAACCCUAUUGCAGAUGGAUGUAAUGUUGAUUGUGUGUGCUUUGAGUAGUUUGGAAUGAAUGUUGAUAUUAAAAUGAAAAAUACCUAAAUAAAAAAAAAAAGUUCA